GGUGUGGUCUCUUCUCAGAAGAGCUGGGAGGGUUUGUUUUCAAGGGUGUGUAGAGAGUGUAUUUAUGAACUCCACCCGGAAUUCCUGUCUGUAUACCCACUGUUUCUACAGAGCAGCACCUGUGUAAAACCAACUGCACAAAUACAGAUAUCAUGGAUCUUUCAGAUGCACUUGACUUCCCACAGCAAAAUAAUCAGCAGGCAGGAGGCCCAGUAUGGCCCGGCCAACCAGCCAACCCCACCUGGCCUGGUCAGCCUGCUAACCCCACCUGGCCUGCACAGCCAAACCAACCGGGCUGGCCAGGACAGCCAUACCAACCAACAUGGCCUGGACAGCCUGGGCAACCUGGGCAGCCUGGGCAGCCUUCAGCUCCUGGGUGGCCUGGACCUGCACCGCAAGCCGGCCCAUAUGGUGCUCCUGGCCAAGCUCCAGGAGCACUAACUGUGCCAUUUGACCUGCCACUACAAAGUGGAGCCUAUAACAAGAUGAUCAUCACUAUCAUUGGAGAGAUCAAACCUAACGCUAAACAUUUCACAGUUAAUUUAAACAGAGGCAACGACAUUGCGUUUCAUCUAAACCCCCGCUUCAAUGAAGAUGGAAAGCAAGUGAUUGUGCGAAACAGCAUGAUUGGAAAUCAGUGGGGCAAAGAAGAGCGCCAGAUCCCCUCCUUCCCUUUUGUCCCAGGAAAGCCUUUUGAGCUGAAGAUCUUAUGCACUGACACUGAAUUCAAAGUGGCUGUGAACAAAUCACACCUUCUGGAAUACAAACAUCGGAUCCGUGAGCUCAACCAGAUCAGAGCUCUUAGUAUCUUCAAUGAUCUCACCCUGAGCUCUGUUAAUGUGGAGACACUGCAGUGAAAGCAUACUGCCAUAGUCAAGUUUUUUACCAGUGAUAUGUGAUGAUCUAUUCAAUACUUUUACCUCCAGUAAUCAUCUUUUUUUAAACCAGUAAGAGUUCAUAUUUACCACAGAUUGUCAGAGGGAUAUACAUUUGUAUACAAAUCUUGUUCUUCUUCAAUGCUGUGGUUAACUUUGCCACCUCUAGAUGGGCCUGUUACUAUCCAAGAAGGGUUGGGUUGUUUUGAAAAGAAAAUAAAUAUUAGAAAAUUAGCUAGAUUAGUUUUAUAUUGAUUUGUGAGAUAUAUAAAAUUGAAGUACCAUUGAUUAUACACUUGUAAAGUCUACGUUUAUAGUUGUAGUCAGAAUAAUAGUGGUGGUCAUAGCAGGGGAUAUUAUACUGGCCAGUCAAGAAUAAUGCGUAAUUAAUGUGUAAUUAGAACCAGAAUAUAAUAGAAUUCUAUUAUCUGUAAGCAGUGCCAAAAGAUGAUUCUACUUGGUUAAAUGAUCCCAAGAUUAAAGAAACAACAACAGAUGUAAA